UUCAGGGAUGGACGACGGCGAGCGAUCAUCGGCCUCGAUGACGGAAUGUGUGAAAUUUUUAAGAUGGUGAAGGAUCAGUGUUUUUCUUAGUUACUAAAGAAAAGUAAUACUGAAGCAUAAUUCCUUUAUCUUAAUAAUCAAAAUGUGUGUUGUCUUAUAAAUAUAUGGACUGUGGAAGUGUUGCAUUGGAGGAUAAGACUAGAAAAGUGUCGAACGUGUAUUGUGGUGCAUUGACAUUGUUUCGGUUGAAUUUCUAGAGUCCACCGAGAUUGCUAUGGUUAUUGUGUAUCUGUGUGCCUGUGGUUUAUCAAGUCAAUGCGGUAAACAUUUCUGAUGUUGCCUAUGCAAUGGAUCGGCAGGGAAGAUCUGUUGGCACCAUGGAGGCCAGUGAUACACUGGACACCAAACAGUCGAAGCAGCGGGCGUCGAUCAAGUGGCUGCUGUCGAAGGCGUUCAACAACAGGGUCCCGGACAACCUGCAGGAACCCUUCUACAGGGAUCAUGAGGACCAGGAGCACCUGAAACCUCCCAUCGUGGGCGGGUUGGCCAACGCCGAGCUGUACUGCCUCGCGCUCGCCAACAUGUACUCGGAGCCCAACUACCACAGCCUCAACCACUGGAACAUCCUGCAGACCAUGGCCAGGAAGGGGGUGACGAUAGUGGACCCGCCCGACUGCCCGCUGACGGAGACGCAGCUGAUACAGAAUAACCCGCUGCGGAUGAGCGCCCACAUGACAGUCAUAGAAUCACUAAUGUCUCUUUACGCGCGUGAAGUUGUUACAUUGGACCGCGUGGCGGCGGCGGCGCAGCGCUUCGGCGCCUACCAGCCGCCCGCGCCGGGGAGCGGCGUGCCUCAUGAGGACGGGCUGGUGUGCUGGGUGAAUGCUGCUGCGGGGAAACUUAAUGAGGCUGAGCCGGACCCGUCGUCCCACGUGCCGAUGGUGAAGAACUUACAAGACAUGUGCGACGGUACAGCUCUAGCUGCCCUCAUCUCCUUCUACUGCCCCGACGCGUUGCCACGCUCGCAGGUGCGAGUGGGCCGCAUGGUGUCCAUCCAGGACUGCCUGCACAACCUGAUGCUGGUGCACCGCUUCUGCAGCGAGUACCUGCCGCACAACAUCUUCCACAUGCUGCCUGAGGACGUCACGUAUAUGAGAGGGUCGAUGCGUCAAAAUUUAAUAGCCAUGCUAGCGGAUCUCUUCAACAUGCUGGAAGUGCAUCCAGUCAAAUGUGUCAAAAACCCUACAGCCGAGGCGGGCGAGUGCAACGAGCACGGGGUGCGCCGCUCGCGCCGCCUGCCGCCGCCGCCGCCGCUCGGCAUCCCCGACCUGCGCCCCGGGGCCGACCUGGGCGAGCCCUUUGCAGUGGCCCGGCCCGGGUCCGGCGCGGCGCGGCGCGGGCGCUCCGCCUGCUCCACGCCCGAGCGCCGCAGCUGCAGCCCGCAGCGCGAGCAUUUCGUGGUACAUCGAGGGAGGGGGGUCACUACCCUGGCGACGGUGGCAAGGCUGGAGGACGCAGAUCCAAACCUAACCGCAGCCGGCCGCCCCUCAAACUACGGCGAGGUGCGCGAGGUGCCCACGGGGCGGCGCUCCCGGCGCUCCUCCAUCUCGGACGACUCGCAGCUCACGGUGGAGAACUUCGGCGGCUCGCAGGAGCGCCUGCACUUCGCCGGCCGCCACCCCGCCAAGGAGCUCGCUACCGUGGGGCCGCAGAGGAAGAUUAGCGCUCCUGCUGGUCCAGUGGCGGUGGACUACAACCCGCCGCUGCGCUCGUCCCGACAAGAUAUUCGCGGCUCCAUACAGUUCUUCCACGGAGACUUCCAGAACGGCAGUAGUCACGACGACAAACCAGCACGACAGAACCCACAGACUAACGAUACGGAACCCUACUACCCUAUCAAGAGACAACUCAGUAGCGACGCGAUCACGCUCAAACAGAAUUACAGCAGUUUUAGUAGCAAAGGCGGUGGAGAUGGGUUUUUCCUUAAUAAUCGGGAUAGCACGGACGGGGAUGCUAGCAAGAUGAGCUUCGCCGAUGUUAACAGAGGCAGGAGUAAUGGUGAUCAAGGUCACCAGCAGUCGGAGGUGCCGGGUCGGAAAGCCCUGCAGUUUUCCCCCGCGCACGCCGCGCCCCCCGCCGCCGCCGUCACCACGUGGCAGCAGCAGUACAUGCAGCAAGAGUUGCAGCCGAACGGUGACGACGCUCUCAGCUCAGACGACACGUCAGCGGGCGGAGCAAUGGCCGCCCAACUGAACAACAUUCGACUGAAGCUAGAAGAGAAACGCAGACGGAUAGAGCAGGACAAACAUAGGAUGGAGCUGGCUGUGAACAGACAGAGACAGCAACUGGGCCAACAGGCCUUCCUGCAAGCCGUCACGAGGGGGAAAGGAGGGAAGGAGCGAGCGGACGAGGGCGCAGAGGUUAAGGACGAGCCGCCCAGGACGCAGGACAUCCCAGAUCAUCAGUCGCAAGCAGAGAGUGCAGCGUUAGAACAGUACCAUCAGUCUAUUGCCAAAAUGAACUCGAGUCUGCAAGACAUCCAGUCGGACAUCGCGCGGCUGGCGUCGCAGCAGUCGGCGCUGCAGCAGCAGCAGCAGACGCAGCUGCAGCAGCAGCAGCAGACCGCGCUGCAGCAGCAGCAGUCGCAGCUGCAACAUCAGUUAGCUCAGUUACAACAGCAACAACAAGCGGCCAAGCAGCUGUUCACGCCGCCGCCCGCCUCGCCCUUCCAGCCGCCGCUCGCCUACCAACCCAACAUUCCUCAGCUGCACAGCCAAUUCAGCUCGCAGCACAACGUGUCGCGCCUGAACACGGCGUUCGGCUCCACGCCCCACAUCCCCGACUACCAGCCCGACUACCGGCCCGACUACCAGCCCGACUACCGGGACGUGCAGUACGGAGGUCCGGGGCAGUUCUACCUUCAUGAAGCGCAGCAGCAACAGCCGCAGAGAAGGACCUGGGCGCAGCAUGCGCAGAUUAAUCAGGAGAAUGCCGAGUUGAGGGGGUGGCAGCUCCACCAACAACAACAACAAACGCAACAACAACAACACAACCAGCAGCAGCACCAGCAGUCGCUGGCUCAUGCGCCGGAGCCGCCGCGCUGGGCCUCCCCCGACCACAACCAGGGCUUCGUCCUCCACGACAGAACCAACCAACCCUUCCAAGUGCACUACAACAACUCGGAGCGCUUCCAAAACGGUACAGACCAGAACCACCUGAGCUACACCGUCAUCAACAACCAGCAAUACUCUCAAUCACCACCCAACGCCAGCCCCAUACGCCGGGCGAAAACCCCCCAACGACAAGGCAGCCUACCCGAAGUCAGGAGACCAGAAUCCGUCAGCCUACAACAGCUGCAAAAACCGCAAACGCAAGCCAUCCAAGACGAUAUGGAACCCCAAAAUAUCUCCUUUAUAGGCAACGCGGAGGACGACGCGCUAAGACAAGGCAUAAAUAGGUUAAAUAUCUCGUCUGGCACGAGAACGUAUAGGAUUCCGUCGCCGACUAGACCCUCGUUGAACAGGAAUUCGUUCCAGCAGAUGGAACAAGAGGAGGAGGAUAAGGUUGAGAAAGGGUUCUAUAUUUCGUUCGAUAAUGAAGCGCCUAAACGGCCGAAGCCGCCGCUCAGGGCGAAACGGAUGUCGCCGAAAAAGGAACGGAAUCCGUCUGAGUAUCAAAUGGAGUUCCAGCCGCCCGAACGCCGCAGCCCCUCCCCCCAAUGGGAGCCGCGUCUUCAGCACAAAGAGGAGAUGUUCCCGGUGCACCGCGCCGGCGAGACCCGGGCCAACGACACCCGGGCCGGAGAUAACCGGGUAGGGGACACCCGGGUAGGGGACAACCGAGACAGGAUGGAGAGAGUGGAGCCGGCAGCGUUGGUGAUUGGGGAUAAUCCUGAUCCGAAGCCAAAAACUGCACAACAGAACUCGGCAGAAGAGAUGGAACGCAAGAAGGAGCGCAUCAUGUUGUUGUCCCUGCAGCGCCGCCAGAGGGCCGAGGAGGCUCGCGCGCGGGCCGAGGCCGCCGCCGCCGCCCGCCGCGCCCGCGACGAACAGGUGGCGGAAGAGAAGGCAGCUCGUAAAGAGGAGCAGGCGCGGCGCCGCGAGCUCAUCCUGCAGCAGUACAAGCUCAAGAAGGCCAUCGAGGAGGCCGAGAGAGAGGGCAAGACGCUAGACAAGACCGAGUACAUAGAGUCGAUCCGCGCCGCCGGCGGCGUGGUCCCGCAGCAGUCAGCGCCAUCUAGCGGCGCACGCCUACGACACAAGCCCGCCGCCGCGCGCGCCCGCCCCAAGACGAUACACGUGGACAGUGGCGCCCUCCAAGCGGCUGAGGGCAUGUUGGCCAGCAAACAGCCGUCGAGCACUAAUCUUACUGCGGGCGGCACGAUGCGGCGCGACUACUACCGCGGCUCGCAGGACAGCCUGGCGGAGCGCGCCGGCCUGUAUCGAGGUCUUACCAUGAUAUGGAAACACUCCCCGGUAGAGGAGCGAGGCGCGACGUCGCCGGGGUCCGCCUCGUCCGCGCCGCUCGGCCGUCGCGGCUCCUGCAAGACCUCACGAGAGCGGGUAGAAGAGCCACCGGCCCGCAGUCGGUCGCGAUACGGCACCUACCAGAAUAACUUUAAGGCUGGCCGGAAGUCCAGUUCACUCAUGAACCUGUGCGACUCAGGCCUGGGCCGCGCCACGCCGCCGCGGCGCGCCGCGUCCCCCGGCGUGCGCACGCUCGCGUCGCCCGCGGGCUCCGGCCCAGGCUCCGGGCCUGGCUCGCUGCCCGGCGCCAUCGGGAAGCGGAGGAACAACCACUCGGAUGAUAAUAGUGACGCGAGCAGUCAACACUCGUCGAUUAUGGAUUAUUCUGGUCCGCGCCUCUACAAGCAGCCAGCGACAAAAUCCAACCGCGGCAUCAUGCUGAACGCAGUCGAAUACUGCGUGUUCCCCGGAGCCGUCAACGCGGAGGCCAAGCGACGAGUCUUAGAAGAGAUCGCCAGAUCCGAGAGCAAACACUUCCUAGUGUUGUUCAGGGAUGCUGGGUGCCAGUUCCGCGCUCUCUACUCGUAUUGUCCCGACUCCGAGCAGGUCACCAAGCUGUACGGGACGGGCCCCAAGCAUGUCAAUGACAGGAUGUUCGAUAAGUUCUUUAAGUACAACUCGGGUAGCAAAUGUUUCUCGCAAGUGCACACGAAGCACCUGACGGUGACCAUCGACGCGUUCACGAUACACAACUCGCUGUGGCAGGGCAAGAAGGUGCAGCUUCCGAGCAAGAAGGACAUGGCGCUCGUCAUCUAGAAGCCUAGAAGGCGACGUGGAGGCACAAAUUACGGUUAUAAGUCACGCGCGAAGUAACCCGCCUAGAGCGGUGAAAGUUCUUCUAGCGCGCUCCAUCCAAUCAAACAAGAUAUCUAGUCGCCGCGCCGGCGGCAAUCGAGUCAAGCCUUUGUAUUCUUUCAGUUAAAUGCUACUGUAGGGCGUUAGUGCCAGUGUCCAGUUGUAUUUAUGAAUAAAAAGUUGAUUAGCAAAUUCCCAGGCUAGAGCUGUGUUAUGUUAUAAUCAAAAUUAUGUUACGCUUGUGUAUGCGAGUGAGUCUAUGUGCAAGCUUGUGGUUUAUCCGGACCGUAGAGCAAAUUUUAAUAGAAAUCUGUAUCAAAUAAAGACAAUGGAUAAACCACAGUUGAAAGUCGGUGCCUGUGUCAUAAAUGUACAGUUAGAGAGGUCUAGGGAGGAAUAAGCUCUAAUUCUAUUUUAUAAUUUGAAAGUGUUGUAGCUCGUCUAUGAUUGGUUAAUGUUAUGUUCGGAAUGUGGUGUGAUGUCACGUCUGGUGGUACAUCGUGUGGUCGAUGAUUGCCAUAAUGUAUUAGUGAGAUGGUCCAAGUCUGAAAUUGUCACAAACACCGGAUAGCAGCUCGAUUUUAAACCCCUUUUAUAAACGGUUCCGUCACUUUAACAACAAAUUCACAAAACUAAUAUCGCUUACCUGUUACGAUUAACUUGUUAGUUAUUAUUUCAAUUUGACUGGAGUUAAGAUUAGGGUGAUUAAAGUAUUGUGUUUAAUGACCUAUGUCUAACGUUAUUGUAUUUCCAUUUUUUUUACUGCUUGUAUAGCUAAAAUAAGACAAGGCACAUUUUACGUGGUAAUUGUACUGCCUUAUCCUGUAAAUAAUUGUUUUUGUAUACAGCUAUUUAUUAAAAGAAUGUUAAACGGAAAUUGAUGAAUAUCAUUUUUUCAUUGUUUAAUGAUUGAUCAUCAAUAAUAUACUACCGAUAGUAUAUGGUAUGCAAAUAUAUUGUAUUAAUAAAAAACAUAACGAAUAAUAUUGAAUUUCAUAUUAA